CACAAACAGACAGCACGCAUGCGCCGCCGCGCAGACCUCUGGGAGUUGGAGUCCCAGUAAGUGGAAAUGACGGAGACGUACUACGCUGGUACAGCGUUGAAGACUCGGUCAUAGUGUCGGACAUCAAACAACUUGGCUCUGUACUUCUAACAAAAGAAAAUGGCCUAACAUGGUUCCUGAAGACCUGGCAAAAGAAACACGUCGAACCCUGACAAUGUGAACUGCAUCCUUGAUCAACACCAGGGCUAUCUGAAUUAUACCCUAUUGAGAACUCACCACGAACACAUAGGAGUAAGCAGUAGCUUGGUACAGGCGAGUAACUAAAGACAAUUGUGACUUCUGCUGUUGUUUGAUGCUCAGCCCCAUGGAAACGCCAUUUCAGCAGCUUUAUAAGAGGAGACGGAGGAAUGUGGACACAGAGACUGAUCUGACCUGACUGCAGAGAAUUUCUCCAGUGACCAUGGCUGAACCCAAAUCAAUCCCCAGCGAGCCCAUGCCCCUCGACAUGGAUAGCCGUGACCCUAACAACAUGAAUGAGCAUGUUCGGGUUCUCUUUGAAGAUGCUUUUGGGGAGCCUGAGGGGUCUCACUCCAUUCCCGGAGUCUGGGGAAUGUCCUACAAGACCUUUGGCGGGGUUAAGAAUUGCUGCUACAUUGUGCUGUCGGUCCUGUGUGGCUGCCCCCUGGCCUUCUGCUGGGCCCUGGACUUCGCCUGUAUCCAGUGCUGUCACAUCUGGUGUAUCGGACCAUGUAUAAAGAUGUGGAACAUGAACUUCUCUUGCCUGAAGCUGUUCUGGAGCUCCUGCGUCCACUGCUUGUGUGACCCAUGUUUUGAGGCCUGCGGUCUCUGCUUCAGCCUCAUCCGGGUACAGAACAAGAAUGGAUAACCCCCGUAGCCUCUCCAGCCCAUCCAAGUCACUUGGCACCAGCUGUAGGACUAAUGAGCUACCCCUACACCUAUUAUUCAGGAAGCUCCUGCUCAUCUACUAUCCCUGAUCACCAGUGAGGUCAAAUCUGCAGCUUUUGAAAAUGUCCUGUACGUGAAUAAAGAGAAUUUCACACCAGACUAGGUUUUAUUUAUUGUAUCACAAAACUUAAAUAUAACCAGCAGCCCCAGUAUCACAUGUCACAGGGUAACCAACUUCUUCGAAAUAUCAACAUAAGCCAGAUUAUUGGCGCUGAAAAAGGACUAUAGACACUUAAAACACUUGUUAACAAGUCAUACAAUAAAAAAUAAUGAUAACUGACAAACCUAUUGUGUGAUCUAUUGUAUCACGUAAAAUGGGAACAAAAGACGGAUUAUUGGUGC